UCAUUAGGCCAAGUUUCAUAAUCUUUCACGGAAGACUGUAAGAGCUGGUACCCCAAGUGGCGGACAGGACUAAUAUCACGACCCGGAAACAUAAACAAAGAAAUUGAAAAGUUGGUGUCGUUCAUCGAGGAGCAGAAGAAAAUCGAAGUGAAGGAGACGAUUAAGAGAGGAGAGGAGGAGUACCAAAUAAAGAAAGCGACACUCUACCAAGAAGGUGUUCAGGCCAUCAAGGAAGAGUACAAUAAGAAGGAGCAUCAGUUCAUAAGACGCCACAAUAGCAAACUGAGUAAAAUGGCGACAUCGAAUCGCAAUCACGUGAUAAAUGAGAAAUGGAAGAAGUUUGAAGAAGUGAAGAUGGAGGCGUGGUCCAUGAUCUGUACACAACUAGAGGAUGCCGUGGUGUACAACGAAUUCUUGUACAACACACUGCUCGCAGGUCUUUGCCAGUUCGACGAACGGCACUUAUGGGUACGUAUUCGAGAGGCAGAUUAUUACCGGACAAAAUGCUGUAUACCAAUUGUAGAACGGGAAUUCAAGAGUAAGUCUGGCCGCACGAGCGAACUGCAAAUUUACUUCAGUAGGCUCCCGCAUGACUGUACUGGCGGUGCUGAGUUUUUCACCAGGAAUGAAGAAAUUAGCUGUUCCAGUACAAUAGAGAGUCGCUUUCAUCUCGUCAUCAGGAACUGCCUACCAUACCUCCAGUCGCUUCUCUUCACGUCUUAGAAAAAAAAUUGUCGUUGGGUUUAAAAGUACGCCUCCACGACCCACCGGACUUUUAUUACUAAUGUGGGAGUUGUGUUAUAUAUUUCUUCUUCUUUUUUUUUUAAUCUUUAUGGUAGGCCCUAAACUUCGCGUUAUUUUUAAUUUAUUUUCUUCUUAAUUUUACCAGGGAUAUACUAUACGUUUAGGACUACUAUACUAAGGUUAGAAGGAUUUUGUUUUGAAUAUUUUGUCAUUAUGAAAUACAGUGAAAUAUACGGAGCACAAGUGAAUGUUUUUGUGUCUUAAGAUUUACAGCAGUAAUGUUUAUCUCUAAAAAAAAUAACCUUGUGUUUUUGUGAUUCGGGUGUCUUGGGUUGAGGAUGGAAGGUCGAUUAGGGCAGGGGUGUCAGGUGUGGCCCGCAGGAUGACGGUAAAAUUUAUCAUCCCGUGAAAUUAUGAAAAA